AUGCAAUUGUGUGGAUGUUUACCGGUUCGAAAUGGAGCUCGAGAUGAAGAUAAACAAUCGAAUACAAAACAACCAGUGAAGAAAUAUUCUCUUAAACGUGAACGAACGAAAUCAAAUUCAAGUACAAUGACUGACUCAGGAACGAAACGAUAUACUCUCAAAAAACAAUCUUCAUCAGCUUCAAUCAAUAAAGUUGUUAAUGUUAAUAGUCGUUAUUCACAAAAUGACGUUUCUGCUAGACGAUCAGUUGCAUAUGCCAAUGAAAGUGAAAAUGAACAACAAAAAUUCCUUGAAUUAAACAAAGAAAAGCGUCGAUCUAUUCAUGAAUUGCAAUUCAAUCAAAUAAUUCUUCAUGGAAGUAAACGUGCCAAAAGUUCACCUGAUGUCAAUCAAUUCAUGAGUGCAAAUACAUCACAUGAAACAACAACAUGUGAUGACACUGAUAAUCCUGAUAAUUCACGACAUAAAAGAGCAGCUGUUCGUCGUCGCAAACGAAGUAAAUCUCCUCGAAAACAAAUGCCAUCGGAAAUUUUAGAUGCCAUUAAAUUUGAGCUUGUAGAACCUAUUGGUUUAGAUGACAAUCAGCUCAAGGAUAUUCCUUAUGAAAAUAUCAAAACAACAUCGCAACCAUUUCGUAUUAGUCUUUCACCACAUUCUGCUCGACGACGACGUUCUUCACCAUUUAAUCGUGCCGGUGAUGUUGUUCAUAAUGCAUCAAAUAAUAUGUUGCCUUAUCGAACUCAACCUGCUGUCGUUUGUGUUGCUCAAGUUAAAUCGACAAAAAUUAUUAAUAUUAGUCGAACAACAGAAAAUUGUGCGCAUUGA